AUGAAGGCUAUAGUGAUCACAAGCCCAGGUGCUCCAGAAGUGUUGCAGUUGAAAGAAGUGGAAGACCCAGAAAUCAAAGAUGACCAAGUUUUGAUUAAAGUUGCGGCUGCUGCUAUCAACAGAGCAGAUACACUUCAACGGCAGGGUAAAUAUCCACCUCCUAAGGGUGACAGUGAGUAUCCUGGUCUUGAAUGCUCUGGAACCGUCGAAGCUGUGGGGAAAGACGUCAAAAGGUGGAAAAUUGGUGAUGAGGUAUGUGCUCUUAUUGGUGGAGGGGGGUAUGCUGAAAAAGUAGCUGUGCCUGAAGGACAAGUACUACCUGUUCCACCUGGUGUUUCUUUGCAAGAUGCUGCUAGUUUUCCUGAGGUUGCUUGUACUGUUUGGUCUACCAUCUUCAUGAUGAGCCACUUAUCAUCUGGGGAAACUCUCCUGGUUCAUGGAGGUUCAAGUGGAAUCGGUACAUUUGCUAUUCAAAUUGCAAAAUAUUAUGGGGCCCGGGUUUUUGUUACAGCAGGCAGUGAGGAAAAACUGGCUGCUUGCAAGGAUCUUGGGGCAGAAGUUGGUAUCAACUAUAAGUCGGAGGAUUUCGUAUCACGUGUCAAGGCAGAAACAGGGGGUAAAGGGGUGGAUGUUAUACUUGACAAUAUUGGAGGGCCAUAUUUCCAGCGAAAUCUAGACUGCCUAAACAUUGGUGGGAGGCUGUUCAUUAUCGGCUUCAUGGGUGGGACUCAAACCCAAGUGAAUCUUUCAGCUUUACUUGCUAGAAGGCUCACAGUGCAGGCUGCUGGAUUGAGGAGUAGAACCAAGGAAAACAAAGCUGAAAUUGUCAGUGAAGUGGAGAAGAAAGUCUGGCCUGCAAUCACUGCAGGGAAGGUGAAACCUGUAGUUUAUAAAUACCUUCCUCUUGGAGAAGCAGCAGAAGCUCACAAGCUGAUGGAAAGCAGCCAACAUAUCGGGAAGAUAAUCCUUACUGUAUGA